GAUGUGGGGGGCGGUGGGCGUCUUCGCCUCGCAGAGGGAGGUCGUGUUGGAACGUCUGUGCUGGUUGGACGGGGGCAGCGAGUGGGCCCGCAGGGGUUACCUGUACGAGCAGCUUUGCUGCGUAGAUGAACGAGACCGUGUGCAAAAGAAAACCUUCACCAAGUGGGUCAACAAGCACCUCAUCAAGGCCCAGAGGCACAUCAGUGACCUAUAUGAAGACCUCCGAGAUGGUCAUAACCUCAUCUCCCUGUUGGAGGUCCUCUCAGGGGACAGCCUGCCCCGAGAGAAAGGCCGGAUGCGUUUCCACAAACUGCAGAAUGUCCAGAUCGCCCUGGACUACCUGCGGCACCGUCAGGUGAAGCUGGUCAACAUCAGAAAUGAUGACAUUGCUGAUGGCAACCCUAAAUUGACCCUGGGCCUCAUCUGGACCAUCAUCCUGCACUUCCAGAUCUCAGAUAUCCAGGUGAGUGGGCAGUCAGAAGACAUGACCGCCAAAGAGAAGCUGCUACUGUGGUCACAACGCAUGGUGGAGGGCUACCAGGGCCUGCGUUGUGACAACUUCACGUCCAGUUGGCGGGACGGCCGACUCUUCAAUGCUAUCAUUCACCGGCACAAGCCCAUGCUUGUCGACAUGAACAAGGUGUACCGUCAGACCAACUUGGAGAACUUGGACCAGGCGUUCUCCGUGGCGGAGCGGGACCUUGGGGUGACUCGGCUGCUGGACCCUGAGGACGUGGACGUAACCCACCCUGACGAGAAAUCCAUCAUCACGUACGUCUCAUCCCUGUACGACGCCAUGCCCCGGGUGCCAGAUGCGCAGGAUGGGGUGAAGGCCAAUGAGCUGCAGCUACGUUGGCAGGAGUACCGAGAGCUGGUGGUGCUGCUGCUUCAGUGGAUCCGACACCACACGAUUGCCUUUGAGGAGCGCAAGUUUCCCUCCAGCUUCGAGGAGAUUGAGAUCCUAUGGUGCCAGUUCCUCAAGUUUAAGGAAACGGAGCUUCGGGCCAAGGAGGCUGACAAGAACCGAUCCAAAGGCAUCUAUCAGUGCCUGGAGAGUGCGGUGCAAGCCGGCCAGCUCAAGGUGCCACCUGGCUACCACCCGCUGGACGUGGAGAAGGAGUGGGGCAAGCUGCACGUGGCCAUCUUGGAGCGGGAGAAGCAGCUGCGUAGCGAGUUCGAGAGGUUGGAGUGUCUGCAGCGCAUAGUCAGCAAACUACAGAUGGAGUCCGGACUGUGUGAGGAGCAGCUGAACCAGGCCGACGCCCUGCUGCAGGCGGACAUCCGGCUGCUACUUGCAGGCAAGGCACCGCAGCGGUCGGCUGAGGUGGAGCGGGACCUGGACAAGGCGGACAACAUGAUCAGACUGCUUUUCAAUGAUGUGCAGACCCUCAAGGAUGGGCGACACCCGCAGGGCGAGCAGAUGUACCGCAGGGUAUACCGGCUGCAUGAGCGUCUAGUCGCCAUCCGCACCGAGUACAACCUCCGACUAAAGGCAGGUGCCCCUGUGACUCAGAGCAUGCCAAGGCCCCGCGACACGGAGCUCGAGAGCUCCACCCUGCGCUACCUGCAGGACCUACUGGCCUGGGUGGAGGAGAACCAGCGGCGAGUGGAUGGUGCUGAGUGGGGUGUGGAUCUGCCCAGUGUGGAGGCACAGCUGGGCUGUCACCGUGGCCUGCACCAGUCUAUAGAGGAGUUCCGGGCCAAGAUCGAGCGGGCACGCACUGAUGAGAGCCAGCUCUCACCAGCCACUCGGGGCACCUACUCUGACUGCCUGGGUCGGCUGGACUUGCAGUAUGCCAAGCUGCUGAACUCCUCUAAGGGGCGGCUACGAGCUCUGGAAAGCCUGCACGGCUUUGUAGUGGCCGCCACCAAGGAACUGAUGUGGCUGAGCGAGAAGGAGGAGGAGGAAGUGGGCUUUGACUGGAGCGAGCGGAACGUCAACAUGGCUGCCAAGAAGGAGAGCUACUCGGCCCUGAUGCGUGAGCUUGAGCUGAAGGAAAAGAAGAUCAAGGAGAUCCAGAACACAGGAGACCGGCUGCUCCGGGAGGGGCACCCCGCCAGGGCCACGGUGGAGUCGUUUCAGGCUGGUCUGCAGACGCAGUGGAGCUGGAUGCUUCAGAUGUGCUGCUGCAUCGAGGCCCACCUGAAGGAGAACACUGCCUACUUCCAGUUCUUCUCAGACAUCCGGGAAGCUGAGGAGCAGCUACAGAAACUUCAGGAGACUCUGCGCAGGAAGUACACCUGUGACCGUUCUGUCACGGUCACCCGCCUGGAGGACCUGCUGCAGGAUGCCCAGGAUGAGAAGGACCAGCUGAACGAGUACAAGAGCCACCUCUCCGGCCUGGCCAAGAGGGCCAAGGUCAUCGUGCAGCUAAAGCCCCGCAGCCCGGCCCACCCAGUGCGGAGCCGCCUGCCCUUGCUAGCCGUCUGUGACUACAAACAGGCGGAGGUGACUGUACACAAGGGGGACGAGUGCCAGCUGCUUGGGCCUGCUCAGCCAUCCCACUGGGAGAUCCUUAGCAGCACUGGCAACAAGGCCGCUGUGCCGUCUGUCUGCUUCCUUGUACCUCCACCCAAUCAGGAGGCCCAGGAGGCUGUCACCAGGCUGGAGGCCCAGCACCAGGCCCUGGUUGCAAAGUGGCACCAACUGCACGUGGACCUCAAGAGCCUCCUGGCCUGGCAGAGCCUCAGCCGAGAUGUGCAGCUCAUCCGCUCCUGGUCGCUGGUCACGUUCCGCACUCUGAAGCCAGAGGAGCAGCGCCAAGCCCUGCGCAGUUUGGAGAUGCAUUACCAAGCCUUCCUGCGUGAUAGCCAGGAUGCUGGCGGCUUCGGGCCUGAGGACCGGCUGCAAGCAGAGCGCGAGUAUGGUUCCUGCAGCCGCCACUACCAGCAACUGCUGCAGAGCCUGGAGCAGGGUAUGAGGCGGGCACGGGCAGAGUCUCACUGCCAGCGCUGCAUCUCAGAGCUCAAGGACAUCCGGCUGCAGCUGGAGGCCUGCGAGACUCGCACUGUGCACCGCCUGCGUUUGCCACUGGAUAAGGAGCCGGCGCGCGAGUGUGCCCAGCGCAUGGCCGAGCAGCAGAAAACUCAGGCCGAGGUGGAAGGGCUAGGCAAAGGGGUCUCCCGGCUCUCUGCUGAGGCUGAGAAGGUGCUGGCCUCCCCGGAGCCCUCACCGGCCGCCCCCACCCUGCGCUCAGAGCUGGAGCUGACAUUAGGAAAAUUGGAGCAGGUCCGCAGUUUGUCCGCCAUCUACCUGGAGAAGCUCAAGACCAUCAGCCUGGUGAUCCGCAGCACGCAGGGGGCUGAGGAGGUGCUCCGGGCUCACGAGGAGCAGCUCAAGGAUGCACAGACUGUGCCCGCCACCCUCCCGGAGCUGGAGGCCACCAAGGCCUCCCUGAAGGAGCUGAGGGCCCGAGCCGAGACACAACAGCCUGUGUUCGAUACUCUGCGCGAGGAGUUGCGGGUAGCACAGGAGGUGAGCGAGCGGCUGCAGCAGCGACACGGCGAGCGUGACGUGGAGGUGGAGCGCUGGCGGGAUCGCACCACACAGCUGCUGGAGCGCUGGCAGGCUGUGCUGGCUCAGGUGGACAGCCGGCAACGGGAACUGGAGCAGCUGGGCCGUCAGCUUCGCUACUAUCGCGAGAGUGCCAGCCCGCUGGAUGCCUGGCUACAGGAUGCCAAGCGGCGGCAAGAGCAGAUCCAGGCAGUGCCGUUGGCCAACAGCCAGGCUGUGCGGGAGCAGCUGCGCCAGGAGAAGGCUUUGUUGGAGGAGAUUGAGCGUCAUGGGGAGAAAGUGGAGGAGUGUCAGAAGUUCGCCAAGCAGUACAUCAAUGCCAUCAAGGACUACGAGCUCCAGCUGGUCACAUACAAGGCACAGCUUGAGCCGGUAGCCUCGCCGGCCAAGAAGCCCAAGGUCCAGUCAGGGUCCGAGAGUGUCAUCCAAGAGUAUGUGGACCUACGCACACGUUACAGCGAGCUGACCACGCUUACCAGUCAGUACAUCAAGUUUAUCAGCGAGACCCUCCGCCGCAUGGAGGAGGAAGAGCGGCUGGCUGAGCAGCAGCGGGCAGAGGAGCGGGAGCGGCUGGCCGAGGUGGAGGCCGCACUGGAGAAGCAGCGGCAGCUGGCCGAGGCCCACGCCCAGGCCAAGGCGCAGGCCGAGCGGGAGGCGCAGGAGCUGCAACGGCGCAUGCAGGAAGAGGUGGCCCGGCGUGAGGAGGCGGCUGUGGACGCCCAGCAGCAGAAGCGCAGCAUCCAGGAUGAGCUGCAGCACCUACGGCUGAGCUCCGAGGCCGAGAUCCAGGCCAAGGCCCAGCAGGUGGAGGCGGCCCAGCGCAGCCGCCAGCGCAUCGAGGAGGAGAUCCGUGUGGUGCGCCUCCAGCUGGAGACAACCGAGCGCCAGCGUGGCGGGGCCGAGGACGAGCUGCAGGCCCUGCGCUUGAGGGCGGAGGAAGCCGAGGCCCAGAAGCGGCAGGCACAAGAGGAGGCCGAGCGGCUGCGGCGGCAAGUGCAGGAGGAGAGCCAGCGCAAGCGGCAGGCAGAAGCCGAACUGACAGUGCGCGUCCAGGCGGAGGCCGAGGCAGCCCGCGAGAAGCAGCGGGCCCUCCGGGCACUGGAGGAGCUGAAGUUGCAGGCGGAAGAGGCGGAGCGGCGGCUGCGGCAGGCCGAGGCCGAGCGGGCACGCCAAGUGCAGGUGGCCCUGGAGUCAGCGCAGCGCAGCGCCCAGGUGGAGUUACAGAGCAAGCGCGCCUCCUUCGCGGAGAAGACGGCCCAGCUGGAGCGCACGCUGCAGGAGGAGCAUGUGGCUGUAGCACAGCUGCGGGAGGAAGCGGAGCGGAGGGCCCAGCAGCAGGCCGAGGCCGAGCGUGCCCGCGAGGAAGCCGAGCGGGAGCUGGAGCGCUGGCAGCUUAAGGCCAACGAGGCGCUGCGGUUGCGGCUGCAGGCCGAGGAGGUGGCGCAGCAGAAGAGCCUGGCACAGGCCGAGGCGGAGAAACAGAAGGAGGACGCGGAGCGCGAGACGCGCAGGCGCACCAAGGCAGAGGAGCAGGCCGUGCGUCAGCGUGAGCUGGCGGAGGAAGAGCUGGAGCGGCAGCGUCAACUGGCGGAGGGCACGGCACAGCAGCGCCUACUGGCCGAGCAGGAGCUGAUCCGGCUGCGGGCCGAGACGGAACAGGGCGAGCAGCAGCGGCAGGUGCUGGAGGAGGAGUUGGCGCGGCUGCAGCGGGAGGCAGCCGCUGCCGCACUGAAGCGCCAGGAGCUGGAAGCCGAGCUGGCCAAGGUGCGGGCGGAGAUGGAGGUGCUGCUGUCCAGCAAGGCACGGGCUGAAGAGGAGUCGCGCUCCACCAGUGAGAAAUCCAAGCAGAGGCUGGAGGCCGAGGCCGGCCGCUUCCGCGAGUUGGCCGAGGAGGCCGCCCGCCUGCGCGCGCUGGCCGAGGAGACCAAGCGGCAGCGGCAGCUGGCAGAGGAGGACGCCAGCCGGCAGAGGGCAGAGGCAGAGCGGGUGCUGGCUGAGAAGCUGGCCGCCAUCAGCGAGGCCACGCGGCUUAAGACUGAGGCUGAGAUUGCGCUCAAGGAGAAGGAGGCGGAGAACGAGCGGUUGCGGCGGCUGGCCGAAGACGAAGCUUUCCAGCGUCGCCGGCUGGAGGAGCAAGCCUCACAGCACAAGGCUGACAUCGAGGAGCGCCUGGCGCAGCUGCGAAAGGCCUCCGAAACUGAGCUGGAGCGACAGAAGGGGCUGGUGGAGGACACGCUGCGGCAGCGGCGACAGGUAGAAGAGGAGAUCCUCGCGCUCAAGAUGAGCUUUGAGAAGGCCGCUGCCGGUAAGGCGGAGCUGGAGCUGGAGCUGAGCCGCAUUCGCGCCAACGCCGAAGACACGCUGCGCAGUAAGGAGCAGGUGGAGUUGGAGGCCACGCGGCAGCGGCAGCUAGCGGCUGAGGAGGAGCAGCGGCGCCGCGAGGCCGAGGAGCGUGUGCAGAAGAGCCUGGCGGCCGAGGAGGAGGCAGCGCGACAACGCAAGGCUGCGCUGGAUGAGGUCGAGCGGCUCAAGGCCAAGGUGGAAGAGGCACGGCGCCUGCGUGAGCGGGCAGAGCAGGAGUCGGCCCGGCAGCUGCAGCUGGCGCAGGAGGCUGCGCAGAAGCGGCUGCAGGCGGAGGAGAGGGCGCAUGCCUUUGCCGUGGAGCAGAAGGAGCAAGAGCUGCAGCAAACGCUGCAGCAGGAGCAAAGUGUGAUGGACCGCCUGCGCGGUGAGGCAGAUAUGGCACGGCGUGCGGCCGAGGACGCUGAGGAGGCGCGCGAGCGGGCCGAGCGUGAGGUGACACAGUCUCGGCGGCAGGUGGAGGAGGCGGAGCGUCUGAAGCUAGCAGCUGAGGAGCAGGCGCAGGCCCGUGCGCAGGCGCAGGCCGCCGCGGAGAAGUUACGCAAGGAGGCGGAGCAGGAGGCAGUGCGGCGCGCACAGGCGGAACAGGCGGCCCUGCGGCAGAAGCAGGCUGCCGACGCGGAGAUGGAGAAACACAAGAAGUUCGCGGAACAGACGCUGCGGCAGAAGGCGCAGGUGGAGCAGGAGCUGACUACGCUGAAGCUGCAGCUGGAGGAGACGGACCACCAGAAGGGUAUCCUGGACGAGGAGCUGCAGCGGCUGAAGGCCGAGGUGACGGAGGCCGCCCGCCAACGCAGCCAGGUGGAGGAGGAGCUCUUCUCGGUCCGCGUGCAGAUGGAGGAGCUGAGCAAGCUGAAGGCACGCAUCGAGGCAGAGAACCGCACGCUCAUUCUGCGUGACAAGGACAACACACAGCGCUUUCUGCAGGAGGAGGCCGAGAAGAUGAAGCAGGUGGCUGAGGAAGCCGCGCGGCUGAGUGUGGCGGCCCAGGAAGCUGCGCGGCUGCGGCAACUGGCCGAGGAGGACCUAGCUCAGCAGCGGGCCCUGGCCGAGAAGAUGCUCAAGGAGAAGAUGCAGGCGGUGCAGGAGGCCACGCGCCUCAAAGCGGAGGCUGAGCUGCUGCAGCAGCAGAAGGAACUGGCGCAAGAGCAGGCCCGGCGGCUGCAGGAAGACAAGGAGCAGAUGGCGCAGCAGUUGGUUCAGGAGACGCAAGGCUUCCAGCGGACCCUGGAAGCAGAGCGGCAGCGGCAGCUGGAGAUGAGCUCCGAGGCCGAGCGCCUCAAGCUGCGUGUGGCGGAGAUGAGCCGGGCCCAGGCCCGCGCGGAAGAGGAUGCCCAGCGCUUCCGGAAGCAGGCCGAGGAGAUUGGCGAGAAGCUGCAUCGCACUGAGCUCGCCACGCAGGAGAAGGUGACGUUGGUGCAGUCGCUGGAAAUCCAGCGUCAGCAGAGUGACCAUGACGCUGAGCGCCUGCGGGAGGCCAUCGCCGAGCUUGAGCGUGAGAAGGACCGGCUCAAGCAGGAGGCCAGGCUACUGCAGCUCAAGUCCGAGGAGAUGGAGACAGUGCAGCAGGAGCAGCUGCUGCAGGAAACGCAGGCUCUGCAGCAGAGCUUCGUCUCCGAGAGGGACAGCCUGCUGCAGCGUGAGCGCUUCGUGGAGCAGGAGAAGGCCAAGCUGGAGCAGCUCUUCCAGGACGAGGUGGCCAAGGCGAAGCAGCUGCGGGAGGAGCAGCGGCGGCAGCAGCAGCAGAUGGAGCAGGAGAAGCAGCAGCUGGUGGCCAGCAUGGAGGAGGCCCUGCGGCGGCAGCGGGAGGCCGAGGAGGGUGUGCGGCGCAAGCAGGAGGAGCUGCAGCACUUGGAGCAGCAGCGGCGGCAGCAGGAGCAGCUGCUGGCCGAGGAGAAUCGCAAGCUGCGGGAGAAGCUGCAGCGGCUAGAGGAGGAACGUCGUGUGGUGCUGACGGAGGAGGUCACUGCCUUGCAAGCCUCCAAGGUCCUGCCCAAUGGCCGGGAUGCGCCUGAUGGCCCGGGUGCAGAGGAAGAUCUGCGACUCGCCUUCGAGGGCCUGAGGCGCAAGGUCCCUGCUCAGAGGUUGCAGGAGGCAGGCAUUCUGAGCACUGAGGAGCUGCAGCGGCUGGUGCAGGGCAGCGCCACGGUGGCGGAGCUCUCGCGGCGUGAGGAUGUGAGCCGCUACCUGCAGGGCACCGGGAGCAUUGCUGGGCUGAUGCUGAAGCCAACCAACGAGAAACUGAGUGUCUACGCUGCCUUGCAGAGGAAGCUGCUGAGCCCAGGCACCGCUGUGGUGCUGUUGGAAGCCCAGGCAGCCUCGGGCUACCUUCUGGACCCCGUGCGCAACCGGCGGCUGACUGUCAACGAGGCCGUGAAGGAAGGUGUGGUGGGCCCUGAGUUGCAUCACAAGCUGCUGUCGGCUGAGCGCGCUGUCACCGGCUACAAGGACCCCUACACGGGCGAGCAGAUCUCCCUGUUCCAGGCCAUGCAGAAAGACCUCAUCGUGCGCGACCAUGGCGUGCGUCUGCUGGAGGCCCAGAUCGCCACGGGCGGCAUCAUCGACCCCGUGCACAGCCACCGCGUGCCUGUGGAGGUGGCCUACCAGCGCGGCUACUUCGAUGAGGACAUGAACCGCGUGCUGGAGGACCCGGGCGACGACACCAAGGGCUUCUUCGACCCCAACACGCACGAGAACCUCACCUACCUGCAGCUGUUGGAGCGCUGCGUGCCAGACCCCGACACCGGGCUGCGCCUUCUUCCGCUCACGGACAAGGCUGCCAAGGGUGGCGAGCUGGUGUACUCAGACUCAGAGGUACGUGACGUGUUUGAGAAGGCUACUGUGUCCGCACCUUUUGGAAAGUUCCAGGGCAAGACGGUUACCAUCUGGGAGAUCAUCAACUCCGAGUACUUCACGGCAGAGCAGCGGCGAGACUUGUUGCGCCAGUUCCGCGCAGGCAAGAUCACGGUGGAGAAGGUCAUCAAGAUCGUCAUCACGGUGGUUGAGGAACGCGAGCAGAAGGGCCAGCUGUGCUUCCAGGGCCUGCGCUCCCUGGUGCCUGCCACCGAGCUACUCGAGAGCAAAGUGAUUGGCCAGGACACGUAUGGUCAGCUACAGCGGGGAGAGCGCUCUGUUCAGGAGGUGGCCGAGGUAGAAUCUGUGCGGCGGGCCCUGCGGGGUGUCAACGUCAUUGCAGGUGUGUGGUUGGAGGAGGCGGGGCAGAGGCUGAGCAUCUACGAGGCUCUCCGGAGAGACCUGCUGAAGCCCGAGGUGGCCGUGGCCCUGCUGGAGGCCCAGGCAGGCACGGGACACAUCCUCGACCCCACCACCAGCACGCGAUUGACGGUGGACGAAGCGGUACGUGCCGGCCUGGUGGGGCCUGAGUUGCAUGAGAAGCUGCUCUCGGCUGAGAAGGCUGUGACAGGUUAUCGGGAUCCCUACUCGGGGCAGAGUGUUUCCCUUUUCCAGGCCCUGAAGAAGGGCCUCAUCCCCAAGGAGCAGGGUCUACGCCUGCUGGACGCCCAGCUGUCUACAGGCGGUAUCGUGGACCCCAGUAAGAGCCACCGCGUGCCCCUGGAAGUGGCCUUUGCACGAGGCUACCUGGACCAGGAGACGAGCAGGGCCCUGUUCACACCCCGGGAUGACGCCAAGACCUUCUACGACCCUGGUGCGCAGGAGCCAGUCACGUAUGGCCAACUGCAGCAGCGAUGCCGACCCGAUCAGCUCACUGGGCUCAGUCUACUGCCGCUCUCUGAGAAGGCUGCUAGGGCCCGGCAGGAGGAGCUCUACUCCAACACGCAGGCCCGAGAAACCUUUGAGAAGACCACCGUCGAGGUCCCCGUGGGCGGCUUCAAGGGCCGGCCGGUUAGCGUCUGGGAGCUCAUCAGCUCUGAGUACUUCACGGAGGAGCAGAGGCAGGAGCUGCUGCGGCAGUACCGCACGGGCAAGGUCACGGUGGAGAAGGUCAUCAAGAUCCUCAUCACCAUCAUUGAGGAGACUGAGACACGGCGGCAGGAGAAGCUGACCUUCAGUGGUCUGCGGGCCCCAGUCCCAGCCUCUGAGCUUGUGGACGCCAGGAUCCUCAGCAGGGCCCAGUUUGAGCAGCUCCGGGAAGGUAAGACAUCAGUCAAGGACCUGUCUGAGGUGGAUACUGUGCGCACGCUGCUCCAGGGCAGCGGCUGUGUGGCUGGCAUCUAUCUGGAGGACUCUAAGGAGAAGGUGACCAUCUACGAGGCCAUGCGGCGAGGCCUGCUCAGGCCCAGCACAGCCACACUGCUGCUUGAGGCGCAGGCCGCCACCGGCUUCCUGGUGGACCCUGUGCGCAAUCAGCGGCUCUACGUCCACGAGGCCGUCAAAGCCGGGGUGGUGGGGCCCGAGCUCCAUGAGAAGCUGCUGUCAGCUGAGAAGGCCGUGACUGGCUACAAGGACCCCUACUCUGGCUCUACCAUCUCCCUCUUCCAGGCCAUGCAAAAGGGUCUGGUCCUCAGGGACCAUGGCGUGCGACUGCUGGAGGCUCAGAUCGCCACAGGUGGCAUCAUCGACCCCGUACACAGCCACCGCGUGCCCGUGGAGGUGGCCUACCAACGUGGCUACUUCGACAAAGACAUGAACCGCGUGCUGUCAGACCCCAGCGACGACACCAAGGGCUUCUUUGAUCCCAACACGCACGAGAACCUCACCUACCUGCAGCUGCUGAGACGCUGUGUGGAGGACCCUGAGACGGGGCUCUUGCUCCUGCCUCUGAAAGCAGCGGAGGGGUCCGAGGUGGUGGAGACCACACAGAUGUACACCGAGGAGGAGACACGGCGGGCGUUCGAGGAGACGCAGAUCGAGAUCCCGGGUGGGGCUCCCGGCUCGUCCUCCAUGUCCUUGUGGGAGGUGAUGCAGUCAGACCUGAUCCCUGCGGAGCAGCGGGCCCGCCUGAUGGAGGACUUCCAGGCCGGCCGGGUGACCAAGGAGCGCAUGAUCAUCAUCAUCAUCGAAAUCAUCGAGAAGACGGAGAUCAUCCGCCAGCAGAACCUAGCCUCCUAUGACUACGUGCGCCGGCGCCUCACUGCCGAGGACCUCUAUGAGGCCCGCAUCAUCACCCUCGAGACCUACAACCUGCUCCGCGAGGGCACCAAGACCUUGCGUGAGGUGCUGGAGGCUGAAGCUGCCUGGCGCUACCUCUACGGUACGGGCUGCGUGGCUGGCAUCUACCUGCCUGGCUCCAGGCAGACGCUGACUGUCUAUCAGACCCUCAAAAAGGGGCUGGUGAAUGCCGAGGUGGCCCGCCUGCUGCUGGAGGCCCAGGCGGCCACGGGCUUCAUGCUGGAUCCGCUGAAGGGUGAGCGGCUGACAGUGGACGAAGCUGUGCGCAAGGGCCUGGUGGGGCCCGAGCUGCAUGACCGAUUGCUAUCAGCUGAGCGCGCCGUGACUGGCUACCGCGACCCCUACACCGAGCAGACCAUCUCGCUAUUCCAGGCCAUGAAGAAGGAUUUGAUUCCGGCCGAGGAGGCGCUACGCCUGCUGGACGCCCAGCUGGCCACGGGCGGCAUCAUCGACCCUCGUCUGGGCUUCCACCUGCCGCUGGAGAUGGCCUACCAGCGCGGCUACCUCAACAAGGACACAUACGACCAGCUCUCAGAGCCCAGCGAGGUCCGCAGCUACAUGGAUCCCUCCACAGAUGAGCGGCUCAGCUACACUCAGCUGCUCAAGAGGUGCCGGCGGGAUGACAAGAGUGGCCAGAUGCUCCUGCCUCUCUCAGACACACGCAAGCUGACUUUCCGCGGGCUGCGUAAGCAAAUCACGGUGGAGGAGCUGGUGCGCUCGCAGGUGAUGGACGAGGCCACGGCCCUGCAGCUGCAAGAGGGCCUAACGUCCAUCGAGGAGGUCACCAAGAACCUGCAGAAGUUCCUCGAAGGCACCAGCUGCAUUGCCGGCGUCUUCGUCGAUGCCACCAAGGAGCGGCUCUCCGUGUACCAGGCAAUGAAGAAGGGCAUCAUCCGACCUGGCACGGCCUUUGAACUGUUGGAGGCCCAGGCGGCCACUGGCUACGUCAUCGACCCCAUCAAGGGCCUUAAGCUGACAGUGGAGGAGGCUGUGCGCAUGGGCAUCGUGGGGCCCGAGUUCAAGGACAAGCUGCUGUCAGCCGAGCGUGCCGUCACCGGCUACAGAGACCCCUACUCUGGGAAACUCAUCUCUCUCUUCCAGGCCAUGAAGAAGGGGCUGAUCCUCAAGGACCAUGGCAUCCGCUUGCUCGAGGCCCAGAUAGCCACAGGUGGGAUCAUCGACCCCGAGGAGAGCCACCGUCUCCCCGUGGAGAUGGCCUAUAAGCGCGGCCUCUUCGAUGAGGAGAUGAACGAGAUCCUGACCGAUCCCUCCGAUGACACCAAGGGCUUUUUCGACCCUAACACUGAGGAGAACCUCACGUACCUACAGCUCAUGGAGCGUUGUAUCACGGACCCGCAGACGGGGCUAUGCCUGCUGCCGCUCAAGGAGAAGAAGCGGGAGCGGAAGACGUCCUCAAAGUCCUCCGUGCGCAAGCGCCGUGUGGUGAUUGUGGACCCCGAGACGGGCAAGGAGAUGUCGGUGUACGAGGCCUAUCGCAAGGGCCUCAUCGACCACCAGACCUACCUGGAGCUGUCAGAACAGGAGUGCGAAUGGGAGGAGAUCACCAUCUCAUCGUCGGACGGCGUGGUCAAGUCAAUGAUCAUUGACCGGCGCUCAGGACGCCAGUACGACAUCGAUGAGGCCAUCUCCAAGAGCUUCAUCGAUCGCUCAGCGCUGGACCAGUACCGCGCCGGCACACUCUCCAUCACCGAGUUCGCCGACAUGCUCUCCGGCAAUGCUGGCGGCUUCCGUUCCCGAUCCUCCUCUGUGGGCUCCUCCUCCUCCUACCCACUCAGCCCUGCCGUCUCCCGCACCCAGCUGGCCUCCUGGUCAGACCCCACGGAGGAGACUGGCCCGGUGGCCGGCAUCCUCGACACGGAGACGCUGGAGAAGGUGUCCAUCACUGAGGCCAUGCACCGUAACCUGGUGGACAACAUCACAGGACAGCGACUGCUGGAGGCACAGGCCUGCACCGGCGGUAUCAUUGACCCCAGUACGGGCGAGCGUUUCCCUGUCACCGAGGCCGUCAACAAGGGCCUGGUGGACAAGAUCAUGGUGGACCGCAUCAGCCUGGCACAGAAGGCCUUCUGCGGCUUCGAGGACCCGCGCACCAAGACCAAGAUGUCAGCUGCCCAGGCGCUCAAGAAGGGCUGGCUGUACUACGAGGCCGGUCAGCGCUUCCUGGAGGUACAGUACCUGACGGGCGGGCUGAUUGAGCCCGGGGCGCCGGGCCGCGUGCUGCUUGACGAGGCUCUGCAGAGGGGCACUGUGGAUACCCGCACCGCCCAGAAGCUGCGUGACGUCAGUGCUUACUCCAAGUACCUCACCUGCCCCAAGACCAAGCUCAAAAUCUCCUACAAGGACGCGCUGGACCGCAGCAUGGUGGAGGAAGGCACCGGGCUGCGGCUGCUGGAGGCCGCUGCCCAGUCCAGCAAGGGCUACUACAGCCCCUACAGCGUCAGCGGCUCUGGCUCCACCGCCGGCUCCCGGGCCGGCUCCCGCACCGGCUCCAGGGCUGGCUCGAGGCGCGGCAGCUUUGACGCUACUGGCUCUGGCUUCUCCAUGACCUUCUCCUCCUCCUCGUACUCCUCCUCUGGCUAUGGCCGCCGCUAUGCCUCGGGGUCCUCAGCCUCACUGGGGGGCCCCGAGUCUGCAGUGGCCUGAACCCCUGCCUGCCCCCGUCCCUGCUCUGCAUGCAGCCAGGUUCCUCCUCGCGAGACCAUAGGCCUUCCUCUCAUGUUUAAAGGAGUCGUUCUCCAACGCGGUGCCUGAAUUUUAACCAAAAAGACCAGACUAACAUAGUAAUAAUAUAUACCUGCUGUCCAGAUGACCUGCGCUUGGGGGGUGGGGCCGACGGGCCCCACUGACCACCUCCCCCUUGGGCUACCCCACCACCCCUACUUGUCACUCACCACAGCCAGGUGCCUUGAGGGUCCUGAGCCAGGCCCCCGUCCCCUCCCCUCCCUAGCAGGCCCUCUCCUGGGGAGUCGAUGAACAUUUUUCCUCAGCAUUUCAGGACUGCCUGCUGGGGAGGGGGUCCCGGGUCAGCCAUGUCUUCCAGCGUGCCCAGAGGAGCCCCUUCCCUGUGGGAAGAUAGGGGUCCAGUCGGCAGGCCCUGCCAGGGCCCCAUUCUCAAAUCACUGUCAUAGCUCGUUGUCUGUCCCCAGCACCCACUCUUCCGGACCCUGGGCCUCUGGCUGCAGUCUUCCAGCCUUGGCUCCCCAGUAAAGUGCCUUCUGUGUCCUCCCUGGCCCCCGGGGCCCCAGAAGCUCCCCCCCGGGUGGGAGGUGGAUGGGCCAAGC